GUCAAGCACUGCGUUCUCCACCUAUUUAUAAUUCAAGAGUUGGCAUUACUGCUUUAGAUGUUUUUGAUAAGCUUCAAUCAAAAAAAUAGUAAUAAAAAUGGCAAAGAAGACCUAUGAUCUAUUGUUCAAACUUUUAUUAAUCGGCGAUUCCGGAGUAGGAAAAACAUGCAUAUUAUUUAGAUUUUCGGAUGAUGCAUUCACGACAACGUUUAUAUCUACAAUAGGUAUAGAUUUCAAAAUCAAAACCGUAGAAUUACGAGGUAAAAAAAUAAAACUGCAGAUAUGGGAUACCGCUGGCCAAGAAAGAUUUCAUACUAUUACUACGUCCUAUUAUAGAGGAGCAAUGGGCAUUAUGUUAGUUUACGAUAUUACCAAUGAAAAAAGUUUUGAAAAUAUCGUGAAAUGGUUGAGAAAUAUUGAUGAACACGCUAAUGAAGAUGUGGAAAAAAUGAUAUUAGGUAAUAAAUGUGAUAUGACUGACAAAAGAACUGUUAGUAAAGAAAGGGGUGAAACGAUUGCCAGGGAACAUGGGAUUAGAUUCAUGGAAACAUCAGCAAAGGCCAAUAUAAAUAUCGAAAGAGCUUUUAGCGAAUUAGCAGAAGCCAUAUUGAUAAAAACAGCCGGAAAGGAACCCGGUGAUCCAGUAGAUCGAGUAACGGUGGAUAGAAGACCGACUAGUACGACGAAAUCUUGUUGUAAUUAGUAACUUAAUUAAGUGUACAUGCAUGUGAACUGAUUUCUAAACGAGAUGCUCAUAUAAACGCAAUCAAUUUUAUUUUUAAUAGCGGGAGUUACUUAUAAAUAUGUUUUCAUGUGUUCAGUAGAUAUUAUUUCAUCUUUUCAGUUUAAUAAUUUGAGUUUUCUUUAUUACAAACAUAAUAGUAAUGUAAUAACUAAACAUCGAUGUUCAUUUUAGUACUAGUAACAAGAAAAAUAAUCAAAUUAGUAUUUAGGGUGACUAGAGGUUGUUUAUUUUUAAUUUAUUUGAUAAAGGUGGUAAUCCAAAUAAAAAAAGGAAACUCAAAUUAUAUUUUUUUGAUUUGUAUCAGCUUUUUCUGGUUAAAUAUUCUUCGUUUCGUUGUUCGGUGUUUUAUUUCAUACCUCGGUUGUGUCUUAUCUAUUUCAAUGAAUAUUCUUGCCACUAAUAUCAUUAUUUAGUACAAAUUAUUCAGUGCUAAAUUGAAUUUGCAUACUUAUAACCAGAUUUAGAUGUUGACAGAUCACAAUUUUCAUUGUUAAUUAUGUAUCGGAGAGUUUCCACUACUAUUUAGAAGACUUGGAAGGUAUAAGUGAUGGAAAGUGCUUCUUAAGAUCGUUUGUAAUCUUGCGGGAACUGCGGUCGUCUUUAAUGGUCACUAAAGUGGUUUCGGAAGCUGUAAUUAUCUCCUGAGAUACAGUAUCGUUGUAAAAAACUUUAAAAUUGUCCAGAACUUUUCAUAAAUACAUAAAAUUGUCUAAUAUCCCAUGUAAAAAGUCUAAAAAAUUUGAUUUUUAUCAAAAAUAUUGCCGAACUCCCACUUUUGCAUAAACUAAAAAUAUGCAAAUUAUUUUUUUCUUAUUUUAAGACAAUGUUUCGUUCCUAAAUCCAGCGUUGUGAAUGACUUACUUAUUUUUUUAUUUAGCUAAUUGUGAAGAGCAUCUGUAUUGACUAUCACUUCUAUUCAAAAUUUGUUAUCACGUUCAAAAUUCUCUAAAAUUUAUUUUCCCCUUGAGAAAACCGUUUUUUUUUCUCGAUGUAGUUGUAUAAUUACUAAAAAGUUGUACAUACAAAAAAAACAAAGAGCUUUAUAUGUUUAAGAAUAUCAUUUAUAUGCCUUUUUCUAUAUUAACUUGUGGUAAUACCAUGUAACUAUUUAAAAUAGUCUAAGAACAAAAACACAGUCCAUAAUUCCUUUUAUUUUGUCUUACCUAACCCUUAAUCACUAUCGGUCCCUAAAAAUUCCUUUAGUCUUACAAAAACUUGUAAAAUCAGUUGUUUUAGAACUGAAAGGCUCUUCCGGGGCACAAAUGCCUUCUAUAUUGGUUGUUUCAACCUACGAAACAUAAUUUGAGACCACAUAAAGUUAAACAUUAAAGUUAGAAACUGAAAAAAUUCACUUACUUUGACUUACCAGCCCCUAAUAGUUCCUUUGGUGUUACUAAAACUUGUAAAAUCAAUUGUUCUAGAACCGAAGGCCUUAGAUAUUGAUUUUUUUUCACAGUAAAUGGAUUCUAUAUGUAAUUUGUUAUAUACAGUAUCAGCUCUUUUCACACAGGACUGUGUUCAGCCCUUUUAAUAUUCAAAUGACAAAAAAAUGCUUCUUAUAUUUUAAUAAUAUGCAAAAUUGUACCAAAUAUUUAUUUAUAUUUCAUAAACAAUGGCGUAAAGUGUACUAAUAUAGACAUGGGCGAAGUAGCAUCGACGAGGCCCUUUUUUUACCUUUCCCAACAUUUGAUUGAUGAAUUUAACUUACGAAACAUAAUUUGAGACCACAUAGAGUAAAAUUGAACAAAAACACAGUCCGAAGUUUACUUAGAAACUCAAAAAAUUCACUUAUUUUGUCUUAAUCAUUAUCAACCCCUGAAUUUUCCUUUGGUUUUACUAAAACAUUUAAAAUCAGUUGUUUUAGAACCGAAGGGCUCUUCCGGGGCACGUUCAACCCUUUUAGUACUCAAAUGAUAAACAAAUGCUCCUUAAAUGAUUAGAUAUUUUAUAGAAAUCAUGUUUUUCAGUUGUUUUGUUUACUGAAGCCUUUUGGGGUAUAUUUUUACUGUUAAAUUCUUUGUAAUUUUCAAUUCAUGAGGGCCCAUUUCGUCCUUGCCUAGCUACGCCACUGUUUUAAAUAAACAAAAUGCUAUAAAUAUCAUCUUGAAGUAGUAGAAUAUGUCAAAUUGCCAUACAUUAUAAUGUGAUUUAUAGUUGCAGGUUUUUAUUUGAUAUUUCUUGUGAUUUUUUUUAUUUAUGCUCUAUUUAAUAAAUAGUUGAAAAAUAUUUUUG